AUGACUAUGGCGUGUAUCAAGCCAGAGGCCGAUAUUGGUCUCGAGACCAAGCCGACUGUCAGGAAACGCCGAAGGAGGACGACAACCGCAGGUGCGGCCGACGACUGCUUCAUGUGCCAGAAACGGAACGCUCCGUGUGACCGCAGGAGACCGUACUGCGGGCAGUGCCUCGAAAUAGGAAAAGACUGCUCUGGAUACAAGACGACGUUGACAUGGGGUGUGGGUAUUGCCAGUCGCGGAAAGCUGCGAGGCUUGACAUGUCCUGUGGCCGAGAAGACCGACGGCCCGGUCGGUGUUACCAAACGCAAUAGUGUUUCGCAAUCUCGAAGGAAGUCAUCGACGAACGUACCUGCUUCGGAGAGGCCUAUACCUCCUCGCAUAAACCUAGAUACCAAUACCGUCGCACCAUCCUCUCACGAACCUCUACACACGCCAUCGUACGGCUUACUAUCACCGCUCGACGCUCAACAACCCAUCUUUUGGCAACCUCUGCAGCAAUAUGCAAAUCCCGAAUUGCCCUCGCCGACCUCGCCGUACGACAAUAUCCCUCUGAUCCACCAGAGAAAUCCCGCCGAGUAUCCCUUGACACCAGUUUCCUUGUCAUACAAUGAUGGCCUGCAGUCUUCUGCUAAUUACGGCUUGGUGGAGCCUUCGCCUGCGUCUUGUUCCGGUUCCUAUCCACCGCCAUCGAACUUUUAUGCCGAUCAACCUCUCGAUGCCCCUAGUGUCGCUCAAGACCUGACUUUCUCCCAAAGUCAAGACGCCUUUUCCUUUGAGCCUACGUACAAUGCCAAAUUGAACAUAUCAAUUCCAAGAGCUAUGGCUACUUCGUUGUUCUAUCAUCUCUCGCCAAGGAUGCAAUAUCUAUUGAACUACUACGACAAGCACAUCUGUUCUGUUCUGGUCGCCUUCGACGAUACCAUCAAUCCAUAUAGGAUGCACAUUCUUCAGCUUGCAACACAUAAUGAGGGUCUUCAAAACGCUCUUGCAGCGCUUUCGCUGAACAACAUGCGUAUGCGCCUGCACAAGAGAGCGCCUGUCAGCGGCUUUAUCGAAGAGUUGGAUAGUUCGCAGCAGGAUGAAAAUAACAGUAUCCUAGCUCGGCCGACCCCCGAGGAAAGCUACUAUAAGAGCGUGUCGAUCGGUCAACUGCAGGCUCAGUUGGCUGAUGCGGUCAGCGCUCAGGAUGAUUCGGUUCUCGCCAUCUUGCUCAUUCUCUGCUUGUUCCACGUCAGUGACAGUGGAUUUUCCAAAUUUAAAACGCAACUGGAGGGCGUGCAAAGGCUGCUCUCUAUGCGCGAUCCAGGUGUAAGGACCGGCUUUAUUGGUUGGGUUGAGAUGUUCUUCGCCUGGUUCGAUGUCAUGACAUCGACAGUGAAUGACAGAGAGACUGAGAUCCAAGGCGACCGUCUGGAUAUGCUCCAUUAUUCUUCUAAUCUUGGUGCCCUGGAGCAGUUCUCGGGAUGUGAUGGUCGUUUGUUCAAAUUGAUUGCCCGCCUUGGACGCUUAAAUCUUCUGUCACAGAGUCGCCCUGUGCGCCCUGACCCUCGAAAUUCAAAGGCAUCGUACGGCGCCACAUCGACUCCAAAGUACAAGGACCAAAACACUUUCCCCACUACGAGAGUUUGGCGUCCACAGGUUGACCCUGUGGACUUUAGCCGACUUGAUGGCAACGGUUGGGGUGCCUUGCUAGCAGAUCUACCCGAGGACCUCGAUACAGUAUACAGAGAAGCUUCAGAUACCCGGCAAGAGUUCUGGAAGGAGUGGCAUGAUAUCCGAUCCCGCCUAGAGACUUGGUCCAUGGAUAGUCCUUGUUUGUCGCCCACAGCACCCGACACCUCGGCAGCAUCGCUUGAGCUUGGGCAACGAGACCUGACACACAUCAACGAAUCUUUCCGUUCAUCGGCUCUGUUGUACACUGAACGUCUUGCGCACCCUUUCUUGCCAUCGUCGUCUCCUAAAUUCCAGGCACACGUGCGCAACGCUCUUUCACACAUAGCUGCAUUGGACAUCACUUCGUGCGUCAACAAAUUCUUGCUCUGGCCUCUGUUCAUCUCAGGGACUGAGUGCGUGGACGCAGCCGAUCAGGCACUCGUACGCGAUAGGUGUAUAGAGGUACAAAUUGAAAGCGGGUUCUUCAACAACUUGUCUGUUCUAGACGUCCUCGAGAAGGUCUGGGCCGAGAACGAUACUCAGGAUGCACAGGACGCAGAUGUUGAUGAAGUGCAACGCCGCCGAGACAGUGCUAAGGAGAACGGAGAUCGUAUACAAGCGUUCAGAUGGAGAAAGGCUAUGGACAGGGUCGAUGGUGAAUAUCUUGUCAUCUGA